AUGACGAGCCCCUUCUGGAGUAUGCAGCCAGGUUCAACCACGAAUACUCCCGCUGCCCAGAUACUGAUGAUCGUGCCGCCUUUUGGUGCUUUCAAGAGUGGCCUCCGAGAGUCCAACUUCCGGUACCUGGUGCACAGCAACCCUUGGAACACAUAUGCCGAGCUGAUGAAGCAGGCAGCAGUUCACGCCAAGGCCGAGUACUUCAACUUCAAGCGCAGCCCAGCCACCCCGGCGCGUAAUCCUUUUGCUGAUCCUCCACCUGCUUCAGUACCCAUCCCAGCUCCACCUCAACAUUCUGCCCCUACACCAAGCACCCAGGGUGCCCAGCACCCCAAGAGGAAGGAUAGCUACCAGCAUACCUUCAGCAAUAAUAAGCGGGGCAAACAUAGCAACCACCACCAGUCUAGUGGAAGCAACCCCCCCAGGACAAAUGACCGGGCCCCACUCCCAUUCUCACCCAAACCCAGGUUCGAGGUCUUCACCACCCUCAACACUACCUAUGAGAAUGUCCUGGUGCACGAGGCACCUAUCAUACCUCAGCCUCCACCCCGGAAACCAAGCAGCAAGCCUAUGCCUAACACAGGUGUCUUCUGUCGCUUUCAUCAGUUCGGUGGCCACGAUACCGAAUCUUGUGUUGCCUUGUGCAACAUCAUUGAGGGGCUUAUUUGUGAGGGGAAGCUGGAUAAAUACGUGCACAACUUCCCACCCCCAUCUAACCCUCACCAACGGUAG